AUGUGGUUUAAGUUUAAAAAUGUUGCCACACUCAUAAUUGAAACGUUUCAUUUAUUGCUAAUAACAAUUCUGCUCGGUAAUCCAUUCAAUGUUAAACAAAUCGACGACAUUGUUGUGAUGGCUUCCACAGCAAAAACAACACUUGCAACGAUAAUGGCAAAUAGUGGUGGUGCUAGUGCUGCCAACAAACAACCAUCAACACCCACAAUAAUAACAGCUGCUGCAUCAUCAUCAUCAACAUCAUCUCUACUAACAGCAUCGUCCCUGUCAUCAACAGCAUCAUCAUUAUCCGCUUCAUUGUUCGCCUUGGCAGCGAGCGAUGAUGGUGCCAACAAACUGUAUAAUUCAACAUUUGCACAAGCAAUCGACAGAAAUGAUUCCAAUGAAAUCGAUACUUUGAAUGAUGACAGUGACAACUAUGAAAGCGGAUUGUUAAGGAAUUACAUCAUGACAAAACAUAUUGCUUUGUCUAGCAAUUUAACACAACUACCAGCAACUACAGCAACAAUAAGCAGAACAUCAACAACGAAAUUAAUAAUACCCACUAUGAAUCCAGCUAAAACAACAACUAAAAUAACAAGUACAACUAGAAAACUAUUAUCAUUGUCAACAUCAUCGUCAUCAUCAUCAUCAUUACUAACAUCCUUGUCAUCUAUGUCGCCCAUAUUAACAGAUGGUGAAGAUGAUGACCCUACGAGGUUGCAUUUAAACAGGACUCAAUUAGAUGUUUUAUCAUCACUUUCAUUAUUAUCAGCAGCAACAACAAUAUUAAAUGAUACAACAGCAUCCCUAACAACAGAAUUAAAAUCAUUCUCGUCCGCAUCAGCAUCCUCAUCCACAUCCACAACCGCUUCCGUUUCCACAUCAACUUUACCAUUUCCAAAUCAGGCAGUGGCGGCAGCGGCCACUGCCCUCAGGCAUAAAGGAAAUGAACAAAAUAUGCACAAUACCAACAGCCACUUGACAGUUGACAAUGUGAAUGCCACUAUAGUGUCUGCCAACAGGACGACAACAUCGAAACUACAGCAACAACAACAUCAGCAUCAACAUAAUAAGGAUACAGCCACAAAAUUGUCAUCACAGUAUACAAGUUCAAAUGCUAAAGGCUCUUCAAGUAGUAGUGGCAGCAGCAGCAGCAAUAGUGGGAGUUUUAAUGCCACUGGUAACUUAAGUAUGGGAGAGCCUGUCACUGCCAAUGGAAAUAGUAGCAGAAUUAAUACGGGCACAACUAGAAUUUCAGCGCGUAAAGUUGAUAGCAAACACAUUUUGUCCAAAGCUCAUAAAACGGAUGCACCCAUGCUUAAUUAUAUUUUUGAUACAUUUUCAUCGGCGAAUAAACAUCAUCACCAUGACCAACGCUAUGGACCACACUUUGAGGAUGUUCAGCUGGUGGGACAACCGACCAAUAUGACAGUACAAGCGGGCAGCAGUAUACAUUUAAAUUGCAGAAUAUCUCUACUUCAAGAUAAGACUGUCUCCUGGGUUCGUCGCAAUUCACAAGGUGAAAAUGCCUUAGAUUUACUGACGGUGGGUUUGCAUACUUACACCGGUGAUAAACGCUACAAAAUGGAAUUUCAAUAUCCCAGUAAUUGGCGUUUAAAAAUCAACAAUGUUAAGAAGGACGAUGAGGCCACUUAUGAAUGUCAAAUAUCAACACAUCCGCCUCGUGUCAUACAAAUAAAUUUACAUGUCAACGCACCCAAAGUAAUGAUUGUGGAUGAAUUUGGUGAUCCUUUGCAGGAGAAAUAUUAUGAACAAGACUCAACGCUACAGCUAUCCUGUGUUGUAAGAAAUGUUGCCAUGUCAUCGUCGGUGGUAUUUUGGAAACACAGUGAAGACGUUUUAAAUUAUGAUGUUACUAGGGGUGGUGUCAGUGUGAAAACAGAAUUGAUGGAUGAUGGCGCCAAUUCAACAUUAUUCAUUGCCAAAAUCAAUAAAGCCGAUUCCGGUAACUAUACGUGCUCAAUUAGUGAAUAUCAAAACUAUACAAUCGUUGUACAUAUACUCAAUGGUGAAAGUUUUGCCGAAUUACAUCAUGGUGCGGCCUUCAAUUGGCAGCAAUUGAAUCAUCAAACUUGGCUAAUUAAUAUGUUAUUGGCAACAAUAUUACUACUACUUUUACCAGCCUACAUACAUAGAUAAAAUUGAAUAUUACACCCAAACACAACAACUAGACACUAACA